UUGUACGCUUUACGGUUCAAAUGUAAUCUGGAAAGGAUCUGCAACCAGGAAAUACGGGGUGAUCGCUCCCGAAUUAGAAGUCGAAAACGACUGAAUCAGGAAAAUAAAGCUCUAAUUUUGAUUUGCCCAGGAGCAAGGAUGAGCCGAAGGCUGAGUGCCCGAAUGAAGUCCCUGUCGGAGCGGUCACUGCGCAGGAGUAGCAACGUGACUCCUAGCAAAAGUAAUGACCUUCGUCAGCAAAGUCUUGUCCGCAAUGAAAAUGACGAUCAAGAGGAGGAGGUCCCUCACCCGCAUAUCCAGGAUAAGAGGGGCUGGGCUUCUUUCGUACAGCGUAAUUCCGUUCUUCGAACCUACCAGAAGCGGCUUGUUUUCAACAAUGACAUCAAAGUCGCCACACUCGAGUUUGCCAUAAUGCUUUUGUCGGUGGCACAGUUGCAAUGGUCGUACAGAUCCCCAUAUUGGCGCGAGAAACGAGCAUGCGCGAAUCGAUCCAGUUGCAUUGAUACACUUCCAGACAGCAAAUUCAUUGCUGUUGAUGCAGUUCGAGUUAUUAUCGCACUGCUGGGAUUGGUACGGCUGGUUAUCCGCUCAAGCCAACUAUGGAAGAUGAAAUGCCAGAAGAGACCUAUAAUGUGUAGCAAAGUGGAUUUUAUUCUGUGGUACGGCUUGGAAUUGGCUUGCUCAGCCAUCUUUCCAUACCCGGGCCUUGAGACUUUUUUUCCGACACUGCGCGGUGACAUUUUUGUCGUACUGAGCGUCUCAGUUUUUUUACGCACCACUAGCUGGAGACAGUGGCUUUAUUAUCCAUACCCGAUCCGGCAGAAGGAAAAGGUGGCUAGCUUUAGUGGUAAUCUCGGUAAGUUCGCGUAGCUCCCUA